UGUUCUUAUAUCAUUUCCCUCUCUUAUCAACCAAACCAUCUAUCCAACUCCAUGGAGGUCACAGCCAACAGUGAAACUUUCAGUUUCAUUACCCAAAUUCCCUGCAAGAGCUCGAAUUUCCGGUGGCCGAUGCGGAGAAAACGUCUCGGUCGCCGCAGAAAAACACCAACGGUGUGCCUAGGAGGCGAUUCGAAGAAACCGCGGAGAGGUUUGAUAAUAGUGAAGUUGUUGAGGAGAAUUAGACUCAAGUGGUUAAAAUUGCAGUAUACAUGUAUGUUGAGGAAGCUUAAAGAUACUUAUUAUGCUGUUUUGAAAGAUCUUAUUGAAGCUGGAUCGACGUUCGAAUCGAUUCAACAACGGAUUAUGAAUGAAAGUUACUUUUCUGCUGUUCCUAUUAUGGCUGUUCCUUCUGCUGGUAUUACUUCUUUCAUUGGUCCUAAUAGAGCUCGCUCUAAGACUUAAAAAAACAAAUAUAUUUCUGAUUUUUCUAUUGCUAGACCUGCCUGCCUAUGCAUGUGUAUGUAUCUCAGAGUCUCAAUCAUCUGUUUAUGAAGAACUUAUUGUCUGUGUUUUAGAUUGUAUUGCUUCUGUAACAUCAGUAGUUUCUGAUUAACAGUAUGUUUGGAGAUCACUCUGAAAAUUGUCUAUCGGCUUAUGGAAGUCAAAAAAAUUAAAAAUUAGUUUGGUUUACAAUUUCAGAAUGAUUUAUCACUCUGUGUUUUAUUUUCUA